AUGAUCGCUUCUGCUGCUGCUGGUGACUUCCUUCGUGCUGAGGAGGUCGGGGCUGCGCCUGCUCCUAGUGGGAGGCGCCGCAGCGGCAGGGGCAAGGGAGGCAAGGGUGGUGGAGGUGGCAGCGGUGGAUGCGGUGAUGGGCGUGGUGGAGGCGGUGGAGGUGGCGGUGGUGGCGGUGGGAGUGGAGGCAUUGGUGGCAGCAGUGGUGGCGGCGGUGGUGGCGGUAGUGGGGGUGGCGGCGGCGGCGGUGGUGGCGGCAGUGGCGGCAGUGGGAGUGGUGGCGGGAGCAGUGGUGGUGGUCGGAGUUGA